GGUAGAUUAUUUGUCGCUGCGUGCACAGACAAAGCUCGUGUACCAAACAUUAUUAUGUCUUUAUAUGCGAAUCACAAAUUCUAUCCUGAACCAUGGCAACUGUUAAUGUGUAGAAAUACGACAACUGCUGAAGAAAUUUCACUUUACAUUAAAAGAUGCUUCCUUGCCUCAAAAAAUGGAUAUGAAGGACGAUUAUUUUGCAUUGCGGGUUUAGAAUUUCUUGAAUUCGAAUUACAAUACAAAUUAGUUAACGAAUUACGUAGUUUUCAAGAAACUGAAUCAGAUUAUUAUUUAGCUUUGAUAUGUUGUCAAGAAAUUGGAAUUCAUCAUCACAUUCUUGAUCAAUUUUCUGAAUAUGUGCUUUUCACUAACGGUCUUGGUGAAAAUACCAUGAAAAAUAUGUACAAAGAACUUUGCUCAAACGUGGUUUGCGUUACCUCUGAAUUUUCUGGUCAAGGAAAAACAGAAUAUAUAAAGAAUACCAGCGCUAAAGAUAAUUAUAUUGCGCGAAGCUUGUUGAUAGGGGAUAACAUAUAUUUUGACGAAUUAGUUGAAAAAUUAAAAGAAUGUAAACUCAAACAUAUGGAGAGUAUGCAUUUGAACAUUGUUUCUGCUAAUAAUCCUAAUACUCUUAAUGCUUUUCUUUUCGAAUUUCUAACUCUUGGAACUGUCUCAAGCAAGCUGAAUUUUGUUUUUCUCCCAAGACUUAUGUUCAUAGAAGUUGCAUCAUCUAAUAAUGAACGUUUACUAAACUCAAUUCCAAUUGCGAAAUUGUCUCAUUAUUUAGAUGCUUACGACAGUAAACAACUAAUGGUCAAAGAUAUUUUGUUCACUGGAAAAAGAACUAUUAAGAGACCUAUGAGUCCAGCACGAUGUCAAGAAUUAGUGCAAAAAUACUUUUUUGAAGGCAAUGAUGAAAAUAUAAAAUCUUAUCGUUUUGUAGAAAUAUUUUUAAAUGUAUUUGCGGAUCAAUUAGUUCGCUUAUCAUUGAGUUCAUUUUUCAAUGUCAACAAUAUUAAACUUAUGGUCAAAGAUAAAAACAUUCGUACAACAUUGUUGAAAACCUUACUUGAUGUUUCUAAGGACUUUGCAACUCGCUCGGUCGCUACAAAGGCAGCUCAAUUAGAAUCAACACAAUUACCAGAGAACGAAGAUAAUGAUCAACUUGAGACCAUUGUUCAAUGGGACGCAUCUAAUCAUCUCUUGGUAUUCUUUUUAUCACAAACUUCCGAUUCUAUCUGUGCUCUUUAUCGUGAUCGCAAAAAUGUCCCUCAUAACGUGAAACAAAUGUUAAUGAGUCAAAAUUUAAGCAACUAUCAAAUUGAUUUUUCUCAACCUGGUGAACGAAAUAUUUGGGAAUUAGAUGACUAUAAUACAUUGUCAGAAAGUACUUUAUUAGAAAAAUUAGAAG